GGAGGGCUCGCAGGCGCUGAUAUGUCCGCCAUCUUGGAGCGUCGGUGAUGGUGGCGAGCGGUGGCUUUCCCGCCUGAGCGGAGGCAGCCCGGGGCCUGUGGCGGGGUGACGCUCUUGCCGAGCAGUGUCCCUGCUGGUUGGGGCAGCGCGAGGCAGAGGAGGUGAGACAUUGACCCAGCACUAGUGCAGCCGUGGUGGAAGAAAUCUGCUUCAUCUAAUUCAAUCCUAAUUCAGUCCUGCUAAUCUGCUAAUACUGUAGAUUGAAAGAUUUUUGCUGUUGCCAGGAUACCCUGUAAUGGGCAAGGAGCCUGAGAGAGUACAAAUUCUGUUUUUUAACUUUUGUUAAAGCUUUUGUUUAACAGGGAGCAUGUUUUAAAGUGUUUUGAUUUUGUGCCAGGAAGUGUAUCAGCUGCCCAGCCUCCCAUUCUUUGAAGAGUUUCAAAGCAAAUGUGUUCAUGAAUUGACAUACAUUAGGACCUGGGCUGCUGUUGAAAAGUGAUGGAAUAAUCUCCGGCUGGCACCUGACAUGCUGGGGGAGCAUCCCUAAAAGAGCUUGCCUGGGAGACAGUUUGGGAAAUAACGCAGUGACAUGUUUGCAGUAACCAGCAUGUUUUGGAAAUUUGAUCUCCAUUCGUCAUCCCACAUAGAUACACUUCUAGAGAGAGAAGAUGUAACACUGAAGGAGUUGAUGGAUGAGGAGGACGUCCUGCAGGAGUGCAAGGCUCAGAAUCGCAAACUUAUCGAGUUUCUGUUGAAGUCAGAAUGCUUGGAAGACUUGGUUUCAUUCAUUAUCGAAGAACCACCUCAAGACAUGGAUGAAAAAAUACGAUACAAAUAUCCAAACAUAUCCUGUGAGCUGCUCACUUCAGAUGUCUCACAGAUCAAUGAUAGGCUGGGAGAAGAAGAAUCCUUACUUACGAAACUGUACAGCUUCCUCUUAAAUGAAUCUCCUCUAAACCCUUUACUUGCCAGUUUCUUCAGCAAGGUGCUAAGUAUUCUCAUAAGCAGAAAACCAGAACAGAUUGUGGACUUUUUAAAGAAGAAACAUGAUUUUGUAGACCUUGUUAUUAAGCACAUAGGGACCUCUGCUAUCAUGGACUUGCUGCUCAGGCUACUGACUUGCAUAGAGCCUCCACAGCCCAGGCAAGAAGUGUUGAAUUGGCUAAAUGAAGAGAGGAUUAUCCAGCGGCUUGUAGAAAUUGUACAUCCAUCUCAAGAUGAAGAUAGACAUUCAAAUGCAUCGCAGUCACUCUGUGAAAUUAUUCGUUUAAGCAGAGAUCAGAUGUUACAAGUGCAGAACAGCUCAGAACCAGAUCCCCUGCUUGCAAGUCUAGAGAAACGAGAAAUCAUUGAGCAGCUGCUGUCUAAUAUUUUUCAUAAAGAAAAAAAUGAAUCUGCAAUAGUCAGUGCAAUCCAAAUAUUACUGACCUUGCUUGAGACAAGACGACAGACAUUUGAAGGCCAUAUAGAGAUCUGUCCUCCAGGCAUGAGCAAUUCAACGUAUUCUGUCAAUAAAGGUGUUCUAGAAGCCAUAAAAGCACGACUUUCAUCCUUCCAUGAACUCCUACUUGAGCCUCCAAAAAAAAGUGUCAUGAAGACAACGUGGGGUGUAUUGGAUCCACCUGUGGGGAACACACGUUUAAAUGUGAUUAGAUUAAUAUCUAGCCUUCUGCAGACAAAUACAAGCAGCGUGAAUCAGGAGCUUAUAGAACUAAACAGCAUAGGAGUUAUACUGGACAUGUUCUUUAAGUAUACGUGGAAUAACUUUUUGCAUACUCAAGUAGAAAUCUGUAUUGCAUUGAUUCUUGCAAGUCCUCUUGAAAGCACAGAAAAUGGCACAAUUACAGAUCAGGAUUCCACUGGGGACAAUCUUUUAUUGAAACAUCUCUUUCUUAAGUGCCAAUUAAUAGAACGAAUACUUGAAGCAUGGGAGAUGAAUGAGAAGAAGCAGGCUGAAGGAGGAAGACGGCAUGGCUAUAUGGGUCAUCUGACAAGGAUAGCAAACUGUAUUGUGCAUAGUACAGAUAAGGGCCCUAACAGCACGUUAGUCCAGCAGCUUAUCAAAGAGCUUCCAGAGGAGGUCAGAGAGCGGUGGGAGACAUUCUGUACGAGCUCUUUAGGAGAAACUAACAAAAGGAAUACGGUGGAUCUUGUCACUACCUGCCACAUUCAUUCUUCCAGUGACGAUGAGAUUGACUUCAAAGAAACUGGCUUCUCACAGGAUUCUUCUUUGCAGCAAGCCUUUUCUGAUUAUCAGAUGCAACAAAUGACGUCCAAUUUUAUUGACCAGUUUGGCUUCAACGAUGAGAAGUUUGCUGAUCAAGAUGACAUCGGCAAUGUUUCUUUUGAUCGGGUCUCAGACAUCAACUUUACCCUCAAUACAAAUGAAAGUGGCAAUAUAGCAUUGUUUGAGGCAUGCUGUAAGGAGCGGAUACAGCAGUUUGAUGAUGGUGGUUCUGAUGAAGAAGACAUCUGGGAAGAAAAACAUAUUGCAUUCACACCAGAGUCCCAGAGACGUUCCAGUUCGGGCAGUACGGACAGUGAAGAAAGUACUGACUCUGAAGAAGAGGAUGGAACAAAGCAAGAUUUGUUUGAAUCACAUGCCAAUACGGAGGACAAAAUGGAAGUAGACUUAAAUGAACCACCAAAUUGGUCGGCUAACUUUGAUGUGCCCAUGGAAACUGCGCAUGGUACCAAUCUGGAUUCUGUUGGGUCUGAUGUGUGGAGUACAGAAGAACCUAUGCCAGCCAAAGAAACUGGCUGGGCUUCUUUUUCAGAGUUCACAUCCUCUUUGAGCUCGACAGAUUCCUUAAGAAGUAAUUCUCCCGUGGAAAUGGAAACAAACACAGAGCCAAUGGAUCCCUUGAGCGCAAAUGCAGCUGGUCUUCCAACACAGCUGGAAACCCCAGGAAGUGUUGCUAUGGAGGCCAGCUCAGAUGGAGAAGAGGAUGGAGAAAAUACAGACAAGGUAACAGAAACAGUAAUGAAUGGCAGCAUGAAGGAGACGCUGAGCCUUACUGUAGAUGCUAAAACUGAAACGGCUGUUUUCAAAAGUGAGGAAGGAAAAUUGUCUACCUCGCAGGAUGCUUCUUGUAAAUAUGUGGUAGAGGAGAACGCAGAGGUUGCGGAAGAGGCUCCUUCAGCUUUGCAGCCCACUAACAGCAGUCCAGAACAGAGGACUGAUCAACGCACCCUUUUAGGAGAGACAUCUGUUAAUGGCCCUGUAUGAUAUGUGAUGUCUGCUGCCUUGGCUGAAGAAAAUGAACUGAUACCCGGGGGUUUGAGCGUUUCUUGAGGAUUUCAUCUAGAGCCUGUUGAAGCCAGUUACUGCUGCACUAAUUUUGCAAGGGAUCAGGACCAGCAACAUUUAUAUUCUAGAUUUUAAGACAUUGUACAGAAAUUCAUAAGUGUAAAAAUAUUGCACAUUGAGAAAUACCAAUAAUUUUUGCGUAUGUUUAUAUUGUAUUGUUCUAAUUAACGGGUGGCCUGUGAAAUAAGAUCCUGCCACCCAUGUAAUGAUGACAGUAGUGUUACUAUAGUUAAAAAUGGCUGUAAGAAUAGUUUUAUAAAAAAAAAAAAGUGAAUACACAAAUCUAAUGUAUUUGAGACAUAACUAUUUGAUGAUUAGUGUGACCAAAGUAUUUAGCAGGUUUUCAUACAUUUUUCACCUUGUAAAAAGAAGGAAAAAAAAAAAAAAAAAAAAACCAAAAAAAAAAAACCCCACACCUGAAAUUCAUGUUUCUUCCGGGUUGGCGAAGAAUUGUAGAACUGAAAUGCCCUAUAAACGUUAUUUUGGUUGUUUUAGCUUACAGAAGUGAUUUAAAUGAGAAUUUUGGUGUUCAACAUUUUACAACAGGUUUUUUUAAUUGGUAAUUGUUUUCUGUAUUGUUUAAGACAGAUCAAAAAUGUAAGUCUAUUGGUAGAGAUUUUAAGUAUUUAUUGCUACGACUUAGUUGACAAAUUGAUGUUACUGUAAAGCCAUAUGUUCUGUUAAGUCUUGUUUGCUUGAAACAAUACCUUACAGGUGAAACACUAGGAUAUUUGAGGUGCACAUGGCUUGUUGUGUUAAGUGAUUCACCUGCCUUUUAACCCGUUCACCAAGAUUUACUUUACUCCCCAGCAUUACACGACGGAACAUUUCAGAACAAUCUGCGUAUUGAAAACGCUGUAAUCCUCUUAGACAAGUCCAGUACAUGAAAUGCCCGUGCUGCUAAUGUAAUUACAGUACACGCAUUUUAAAAGUAUAUAGUGUUCUUUUAAUACCGAUUUUGGCAGCAGAGCAUGUUAAUUGUUACUUUCACUGUACUGAUCUGUGUGAGGCUUUCAUUUGUAUGUUCUAAACCAGUUUUUUUUGCAGCUGGUUUGUGUAUAUAUAUAUAGUGAUUAUGGAAACUAAUUCUGUGUAAUUUAUAAUUUUCUAUGUCAGUGUACAAUUCCAACAGCCUUCUCAAACAAACGGAAGCAAUAUUCUGUAUAUUGCCACAUUGUCUGGUGAAAGGGUUAAAGUACUUCACCUCCUGCACUUUUAGAUGCAAAUCCAUUUUUAUUUCUGUAAUAAUUAUAUUCAUUUAUUUUUACA